UUGGUUUAGAAGCCAUAACCCAUUCUUUACAGCAGUCAGUUAAGCGCCGGAAACAGCACGAUGACAUCGUUCUCAAGCUCAUAACUAAAAAGAGGAUCCGAUCUGAAGUUGAGGCUGAUCCUAAACAUUCUGCUAUGUUGCUCAAGCACAUAGACGAAGAUAUCAAUCAUUUGAAGGCAGAGGAAGAUGCUGUAUUAAAAAAAGAUGACCACCAUUAGCUUGCGGAGUUCGUACGCCGAGAUCACACAAUGGAUGAUAGGACAAUACGUUGGGCGAGUCAUGGACGACAUGAAAGAAAAGCUAGCAGAUCAAUCGGAGGAGAGAAACAUGGCUUUAAUACAAGAGUUGAAGGACGACAUAAUCAAAACAACCACCAUCACUAUACCCCAAUUAAGCCAACAGAUUGAGAUGGUGGCAAGCGCUCAACAGGCAGGAGAAGUUAAACUAAAAGCCGAACUCAAAGCAUUUUUCGACGAAGGCAAGAACUCUAUUGUAACUGAUAUCGGCAAGAUAUAUAGGCAGUGCGCCGAACAGAUUGAAAAGGUACAGCAACAAUCAGACACAACAUCGGAAGUUAUGCAAGAGCUAUCAGCAUCGCUUAAAUCCCUGGAGGAAGCGUCAGUGAAUGCUACUGCUGUUCAAGAUGUGAAGGAUUCAGUCAAAGUUAUUCAAACCGAUAUGGCUAAAUUGGCAAGCAAUGCUCAAGUUGUAGAGUUGCGAACGAUGACAGAAGAUAAGUUUAGGGAACAAGGCGAACGGAACACAACAGUGGCACGAAGAAUGGGGGAAUUGAAGGAGAUGUUUGCUGCGGUUGAAGAGAAAACUGAACAAUACAAUCGACGUAGUCAAGAACUUGAUAUUGUGUAUGAUAGAAUCAAGGCUCAUAUUGAAAAGCUCAAGAAGGGGCCAGAUCUUAAACCAACUACCGAACCAAGCAGCCCUGCCAGCCAAGACGUGACUCGAAUUCAAUCCGAUAUCUCCACAUUCCGAACUGUGCAUACCAACCUAAACGCCAUGAUCCAAGCGGUUGGGGAGGAUGUGAAGACCAUCCAGGCAGAACAGAGUCGCACCACCGAAAAGCUGGAUAUAAUGGCAUCAUCCAUGACUUCAGGGGACGUUGUGAAAAGUUUACAAAGUCAAAUAAGACAGCUACACGAAAAAAUGAUGAGAUUGGAUAAGCAAAUGCAAAUUUCUGAUCAAGGAAGUGAGAAACGUACAAGUGAAACGACUGCUUAUCAGACGCAGAUUCCUACAAAUAGUUGGAUCGGCGGUGCGUCCGACCACCUGAAUGAAGAUCAACUUAUAGCAAACAGACUGGAUGCUGCCAAGGCGAUUAGGUACCUGGAAGCAAAGAUGGUAGUCAAUGAGCAGUUGGUUCAAAACAAUAUACAGGACCUGCAAAGAGAUAUAUCCAACCUACGCAAGAGAAAAGCCGCCGAGGAUGGUGAACCCGAAGCCAAGCAUCCACGCAAUGACACAUCGACCCCCAGUCAUUCCGACCUCCAAAAGUUGGUGGAUGUACAUACCAUACAAUUAAAAGAUUUGAUCAGCUUUUUAGAGCCGUUAAAAUCAACAGUGCUUUCCAAUGUGUUUCCAGUCCUAGUUCAAAAAGCCUUCGGCGACCUCAUUAACGUGUCAACACGACAUGAAUUCGACAUCAAAGCAGCACAUGAGACCCUUGCUCGAAUUGUCGAUCAAACGAAAACGGAUGUGUCGGGUGACGAGUGGAAAACUACUGCAGCACAAGUUUUCAAGUUACAGCUUGACUCUCAUGAACGGAGAACGAAGCUAGAACAUGCUGAACUCAUGGAGCACGUACAGAAACUGAAAGAUGUAUAUGCAAAGAUGCAAGAAAAGGAAAUGUUACAGCAGGUGCAAAUCGAUAAACUAAACCAGCAAUUGCAAAACAACACCAUGAUGAUGGAAACGAUGCUUGAAGCUUUGGCCAAGAAUGGCAUCACGGUGGAUGGAACGGAUGCUAGCCAUAUCACCCAUAGCCCUUCACUGUAAAGGAAAGCAAAAACACGCUUCU